AUGAUAUCGGGGAACGAUAUAUACACGGUGCUGACCGCGAUGGUGCCUCUCUACGUGGCCAUGUUCCUGGCGUACGGGUCGGUGCGGUGGUGGCGCAUCUUCACGCCGGACCAGUGCUCCGGCAUCAACCGCUUCGUCGCCAUCUUCGCCGUGCCGCUGCUGUCCUUCCACUUCAUCUCCACCAACGACCCCUACGCCAUGAACCUCCGGUUCCUGGCCGCCGACACGCUGCAGAAGCUGCUCGUCCUCGCGGGGCUGGCCGUGUGGUCGCGGCUGCUGCCCUCCAGGCUCGCGGCCGCGGCGCCGCGGCUGGACUGGUCCAUCACGCUCUUCUCGGUGUCCACGCUGCCCAACACGCUGGUGAUGGGGAUCCCGCUGCUGAUCGCCAUGUACGGGCCCUACGCCGGGUCCCUCAUGGUGCAGGUCAUCGUGCUCCAGUGCAUCAUCUGGUACACGCUGCUGCUGUUCCUCUUCGAGUUCCGCGCCGCGCGGAUGCUGAUCGCGGACCAGUUCCCGGACACCGCGGCGGCCAUCGCGUCGCUGCACGUGGACGCGGACGUGGUGUCGCUGGAGGGCGGCCGCGCCGAGACGGAGGCCGAGGUGGCGGAGGACGGCCGGCUGCACGUCACGGUGCGCCGCUCGUCGGCUUCGCGGCGGUCGCUGCUGCUGACGACGAUGGUGACGCCGCGGCCGUCCAACCUGACGGGCGCGGAGAUAUACUCCAUGAGCUCGUCGCGGCAGCACAGCCCGCGGGGCUCCAACUUCAACCACGCCGACUUCUUCGCCAUGGUCGACGGCUCCGGCGCGCCGCCCCCGCCUAUUCCCGCCGGCGCGCGCGCCUCGAGCUUCGGCGCCGCCGAGCUGUACUCGAUGCACUCGUCGCGGGGGCCGACGCCGCGGCAGUCCAACUUCGACGAGCGCUCGGCCUCGGCACGGUCGUCGUGGAGACCCGCGGGCGCCGUGCCCAGCUGCCACGACGCCAAGGAGCUCCACAUGUUCGUGUGGAGCUCGAGCGCCUCCCCCGUCUCGGAAGUCAGCGGCCUGCCGGUCUUCACCGGUGGCGCGGGCAAGGAAAUUCGCUUGGUUGUCCCCGCCGAGCUACCGCCGAACGGCUCGGCCGGCAAAGAGAACGAGAGCAACGGUGCAGUAGCUGCGGCGGCAGGGGAAGACGAGGCUUUCGGCUUCGGCGGUGGCAAGACGACGGCGGAGGACGCCGCGGAGGCGGGAGAAGCAGGCGGGCCCGGCGAGCAGCUGACGAAGCUGGGGUCCAGCUCCGCCACGGCCGAGCUGCGCGUGAAGGACGCGGACGGCGGCGGCGGGUACGACCCGGACGACGCGGGGGGCGGCGGCGCGCGGGCGCAGCAGCAGAUGCCGCCGGCGAGCGUGAUGACCCGCCUGAUACUCAUCAUGGUGUGGCGCAAGCUGAUCCGCAACCCCAACACGUACUCCAGCCUCAUCGGCCUCGCCUGGUCCCUCAUCGCGUUCCGGUGGCACAUCUCCAUGCCGGCGGUCGUGGCCAAGUCCAUCUCCAUCCUCUCGGACGCCGGGCUCGGGAUGGCCAUGUUUAGCCUGGGAUUGUUUAUGGCGCUGCAGCCGAAUCUCAUCGCGUGCGGAUGGCGCGCCACCGGCAUCUCCAUGGGCGUCCGCUUCCUCGCCGGCCCCGCCGUCAUGACCGCCGCGUCCCUAGCCAUCGGCCUCCGAGGGUCACUUUUGCGGGUCGCUAUUGUGCAGGCGGCUCUACCGCAAGGGAUCGUGCCCUUUGUGUUCGCGAAAGAAUACAACGUCCACCCGGCCAUCCUGAGCACUAUGGUAAUUUUCGGUAUGCUGAUAGCCCUGCCGAUCACCUUGAUCUACUACAUCCUUCUUGGAUUGAAACCAGUGUAG